AUCAUUCAAGUUGAGUCCGCCACAUACCGCCAUAUUGAGGAAAGGCGGCUGCCGUCUUAUCAAAAAAGUGGAUAUUAAUUGUGAUUGUGCAAUAUUGUCAGUGGUAGAAGAUAUUUGUACCAUAUGGAUAUUAUCUUAGGAGAGCCGCGUGCGUGAUCGCGAGCGGUCUGGUGAGAGUGUGUUGCAAAAGCACGGCCACGGCUCGAUAUAGAUAAUAUUGGCUGUGAAACCCUCCGGAGUAUAACAUGGCAAUGACAGCAUGUUGUCUGUCUGAGGAGGCCAAGGAGCAGAAACGAAUCAAUCAAGAGAUCGAGCGACAACUUCGGAGGGACAAACGAGAUGCUCGACGAGAACUUAAAUUAUUAUUGUUGGGUACUGGUGAGUCCGGUAAAUCCACAUUUAUUAAACAGAUGCGAAUUAUUCAUGGAUCUGGUUACUCAGAUGAAGAUAAACGUGGCUAUAUAAAACUUGUGUUUCAAAAUAUAUUUAUGGCCAUGCAAAGUAUGAUUCGUGCUAUGGACCUCCUUAAAAUACAGUAUGCAGAGUCUUCCAAUAUUGAGAAAGCGGAGUUAGUACGAAGUGUAGAUUUUGAAACAGUAACUACAUUCGAAGAGCCUUUUGUAAACGCUAUUAAAGAUUUAUGGAAUGAUGCGGGCAUUCAAGAAUGCUAUGAUCGUAGACGCGAGUAUCAACUCACAGAUUCUGCUAAAUAUUAUAUAAGUGACUUAGAUCGUAUUGAACAACCGGAUUAUUUACCAACUGAACAAGAUAUUCUUCGAGCUCGAGCUCCUACAACGGGUAUUAUUGAAUAUCCUUUUGAUUUGGAUUCCAUCAUAUUUAGAAUGGUGGACGUCGGAGGCCAGCGUUCCGAAAGACGAAAAUGGAUUCAUUGUUUUGAAAAUGUAACGUCUAUUAUAUUUUUAGUUGCUCUCAGUGAAUAUGAUCAAAUUUUGUUUGAAUCAGAAAAUGAGAAUCGAAUGGAAGAGUCAAAAGCAUUAUUUAAGACUAUCAUCACAUACCCAUGGUUUCAACAUUCAUCAGUCAUUCUUUUCCUUAACAAAAAGGAUUUGUUAGAGGAGAAAAUCAUGUAUUCACAUCUAGUAGAUUAUUUUCCAGAAUACGACGGCCCACAGAGAGAUGCAAUUGCGGCUAGAGAAUUCAUACUCAGAAUGUUUGUGGACUUGAAUCCAGAUAGUGAGAAGAUAAUUUAUUCUCAUUUUACGUGUGCCACAGAUACUGAAAACAUUCGAUUUGUGUUCGCGGCGGUGAAAGACACAAUUUUACAAUCAAAUUUAAAGGAGUACAAUUUGGUGUAAGGUGUUAAUUGUCUUCAAGUGGUGUGGUCUCAUCAUAUGGUCAAAAAAAGUCAGUGUUCACAUUGCAAGUGCCCAUGUGUGCCCUUUUAUUACACUUGUGAGACGUGAACCUAAUUAUUAAUGUGUGUAUAUCUCGUUCGUACCUCAAGACGUCCUUGAUGUCGGUUUUCAGCAGUGUUGUUACACAACCGCUGUAUCCACCGCCGUUACUGUAUCGCACAAUGUGUUGUUAAAAUUUUUGGCAACAGAGGACAACUACAAUAAAAAAAAAAUAAAAUACAUUUUUUUUUAAAUAACUCACAACAUAAACACAAAGAAAAAAUCGUCGUUUUUCAUUUAAAAAAAUUAUUUUCUAUCUAAAAAAAAAAGCUCAUCUGCUCAUUUUUGCGUUUAAAAGAAAAAUUACCCAUACACGCGUGCGUGCUGCAGUGUGUGGACAUAAAAAUUUUUCAUUAAUUUUUGUUUUUAUUAUUUUUUUUUUUGGAAGCUUAGCUUAGUAAGCUUAGUUGAUUGAUGUGUGGGAGAAUGGCCGUCGUGUUAACACUAGUCAAGCCAAAAUCCAAUCACAUAUUUUGACAGAAACAGUGAAGCAAUUCUAGUGCCAUUUUAAUAGUGGGUGUUUUUUUUUUUAAAUUAAUUGUUAUUACCAUUAUUUUUUUUAAAAUUUCCUUCGUUUAAGAUUAAAUAUAUGCAAAAGCCAAAGUGUUUUCUUUAUAAUUGUUUCUUUCUUUUUUUGUAAUUAUUUUAACUAUGCGGAAAUCAACGAAGGCAUUAUUAAUUGUGACUCAAUUCACACACAACUUUAUUUAAAAAUAUAAAAUAAAAAAAUAUUG